AUGGAUGGCAACUACCAGCUACCCAGAUACUAUUCACGCAGAGAUAAUCCAGACCCACUUCGAGGCGGUGACGAGCUCAUGGCUUACUUAGUUAAUGCCGCCAAUAAUGCCCUUCACGACAUCUAUCUAGGUCAUGGUGGCGACUUCCGCUGCCCAGGCAGUUUCAGUAUAGCUGGACCGAAUCCUCGUGCUUUAGGUUUUCCCGGCAGUGACAGGCCUGGAUGCUAUGCUAUACUCGGAUUUAAUCCCAAUGGCGGAUACAAUUCGUAUUGCGCAACUAAUGGUGGUUCCUGCAGUAUGAUAAGCAACUACAACAGCUUCGGCAGCCCAUCGUCGUAUGUAACCGGAACAUACAGCCCUUCUACUGGCUACGGUGGUCCGAGCUACGUUGGUGCUAGCAAUGCUCGUGGAAGUCCAUAUCAGUACGGCGUGUAUUGCGGCAUUCCAUUUUCUCUAGCUGGUUAUAUACCUGCGCCGUUUAGUUCCACCGGAUUCGUCCCAAACCCUUACGGAUCCAAUGUGGGAAGUAACGGAAAUUACAGUGCAAUACCGUAUGGUCAAUAUUUUUCUCCGUACAGCGGCGUAGCGUAUCGACCGCAGCCACGAAUAUUCAGCAUGCCUACAUGCGGUUCAAUGGGACAUAAAAACCCAGCUCACUAUCAGUCGACCAUGGAGCCAUAUACUUACAGCUUUGACCCAAAUAACGUUCAAAUUUCGUGGCAGAGCAAUCCUGGCCAACUCGCCACUUGUAUGCACAAUGCAGGUUUGCGAAGCACAUGUAUGCCGGGUAGUCAUUUGGGCGCACAAAGCCAACCUUGUCAGAGUAGCACUUCUCUGGCGGUGCAGCCUUGUAGCUGUGAAAACGUCGCUCAUAAUGUCUGUAACAGUACUCCUGCUGCUGUAAGCCAGGCCAGCUGCCCAAUGAGUCUCGGCCCACAAGGAGCUAAUCCAAGGAUACAAAGUGCACGCACAUCCUGUGCUCAGCAUGGCCCCUGCAGGACGCACAGUAGUACAUGCGGACGAUGUUCGAGCUCUGUGACCGAAUCGUCCGCAAGUUCUGCUCCAGCGGACACCAAUCCAGGGUCAGCCAAACGAACAGCUCCUGUCAAGUCAGAAGAGAGCGAAACCAGUAGCUGCAACGAAACCGCUAAUCCUGGUAACCUAGAGGAUUGCCUCCGUCCUUCCACCCCCUCGCCGGCUGCUAAUAUACCCCUUGUUGAUACCAUCACGAUCACUGCCGACGGUACAAUACAUCGACUUUCAAAUCCUGUAGAUCAGUUUGCCGACACAUAUAGAAUUAUCAGCGUUGGAGAUUUUAUUCCUGUGACUCGACUAAGUGGAAGUGAACCCAUUUUAGGUGGAGCAGGAACUUUCACCGUUCCUGUUCUCUGCAAUACGGGGAGAGCCCCAGGAAUCUACAGUCCAAUAACGGGUGAUGUUCAGCAUCAACAAGGACCGUUGCACGUAACCCCCGGUGAGCAACCGCACCCCCCAGUAACGCCCAACGGAAUGGCAAUCAACCCGGCGGUCAUUGUCCCAGCAUCAACAAUUUCAGGGGGAAGAACUGCUCAUUCGGGAUCCACCGCUGGAGCUACUUUCACCCCAGUAAAUUUUAUCCCUGCAGGGCUCUUCAACACCGUUGCACGCCCUGGUAAUCCGCCUAUCGUAAAUCCGUAUAGUCCUGGUUUCUAUAACCCGAACGUUGACAACAUCGGUGUCGUUCCUCCGUCGUCAAAGCAGAACCCGGCGGCAGGCGCAGGCUAG